AAUCCAUAUUCAUAAAUACAUUUUCCAAAAUGAUGCUUUAGAAAUUUAACCAGUCCCAUCGGACUGACUAAAACAGAUGAAUGUCAGUCCGCCAGACGUUUAACCAGUCACAGACUGACGGGCAUAUGUUAAUUCCCAGCCCUGUCCAUGGUUCGAGGAAAGUGAGGAAGAGAGUAGCAUAUCAAUGGCCUGUCAGACAGAAGAACCUAGGAAACGCAGUGUUAAGAUCCAAGUGGCUGCAAAGAAUAAAGAGAAAGGGCUGCAAGUUAAUCUCCAACCACGUGUUCGCAGCAUUGGUAUACAAUUUAAUGGCAGGGAUGACUUGCCCACUCCACAAGUACCACCAGCAGCAGUUCCUGUCCUGGAUUUGUCAAGUGGGGGAGAGUCAACAGAGGAAGUAGGGAGUGAGGCUGCCUCACUGUAUGAGCCAUCUAGUGGCUGUGACAGUUCAGAUGAUUCUCAUAUCCAUAAUAAUAAGUAAGCUCUAUUUUGCAUUCUGUGAGAAUUCGAGUGUUUAGUUGAGGGGGGGGGGGGGAAUUAGCAUUCUAAGUAAAUUCAGAUUGAAGUUGUAGAAAUUAAAAAAAAAUUGAUUGUGUAAUUCUGAACUAUUUUCUAUUAAAACAAAACAACAUUAUAUAUCUAUUGUUGAAAAAAGUGUCUGAAAAAUCCUAUCAGUUGAAGUACUAAGGAAAACCUAAGCUACAUAAUCAGUUUAAUUUGAAGUGUUUUAGCAAUGAAAAGCCCUACAACCCACUGGAUGAAGAAAGGUUUAUAGUGUCCAGAUCGAAGUUGUUGGAGCUAUUCAGUAGCUGCAAGAGGUGCCAUAGACACGCCACAGCCACUGUUCAUCAGGUGAUAGGGACGAUGGCCAGGAUUAGUGCAGAGUGUGAAUUCUGUGGAUUUACUUGGCAAUGGAGUAGCCAGCCCUCCCUUGGAAACAUUCCGGCAGGAAACCUCGGAUUAUCUGCCAGCAUUCUGUUCUCUGGAGCCCUUGCUGCUAAAGUUCUGCGGGUUCUGCAGUUCAUGGGGGUUGCAACCAUAACAAGUAGAACAUUUUAUUCCCACCAGGCAUCUGUGCUGUUUCCUGUCAUUGCUCGUGUGUGGAACAUACACCAGGAGACGUAUGCCAGGCAAGCGGUGGAACGAGGGGAGCCACUGAUUGUUGGUGGAGAUGGGCGAGCUGACUCCCCUGGUCACUGUGCCAAGUUUGGCUCCUACAGCAUUAUUGACCUUGAAAAAGGAAUUGUGAUUGACAUCCAGCUAGUUCAGGUAUUUGCAUAAAUGAAUGAAAGGAAAGAUUUGACAUUAACUAGUCUUUAUGUAUGAUAUUUAAACAUCUAUUUUAAGAAGUUUAUUUUGAAAGUUGAAUGUUCAUUAAGGGAAUGAUCCUUGAAUCUGGCUGAACAGUCAAAUAC